UUUAAGAGCACCGAGUUUAAAAAAAGAAACCAAGCAAGCAUUUUCUUCCUCGCUGAGUCCAACAACGGAAUAUUUGUUAUUGUACAUUUCACAUACGUUUGAAGUUCCGCAGGACGGAAACGGACCGCUUCUUUCUGUUGGCAAAUCGCCUUAAAUUCAGGAUGAAAGGUGGGGCCUCCUUCCUCUCGCCUCCCCCAUCUCCAUCAGUGGCCCCUCUCCCACUCCCCUCCUCCUCUGCAAUGACAGUCUGUCCCGAACUUGACCUGUCUGUCAUGACCAGCCCGACUCACAUGCACCCGAAGCAACAGAAGAACAAACAGAGAAAGCAAAACACAAAGGCGUGUUUGAAAGAGCCAGUGGUCGUGAAGGUAAUAUCAGAGCCACAGAUCCAACCCAUCAGUGAUGCACCGCCUCGACAGCCAACCAACAAUAGUGAUAAUCUCCACGGAAAACAAAAUCUAAGGACUGGAACGCUGAACCAGAAGACAACUGCAAUAUCCUAUGACCAUCCCGACGUUCUUGAGGAGGUGGAGCUCAACACCACCUUGGCUCUAAAGGCAAAGCUCUUGGAGUUGCAGGGAGCAGAGUUUAACACCCAGAAAGCUGUUCAGGAGACAUUACAGGAGGUGGAGCAAACGAAAAAACAGAUCAACAGCAGAGCGACACAAGGAACCAACUUCUCUCGGUCUCAGACCCUUUUCACCUCAUUGGUCAGCGUGGAUGUGCCUGAGAGUCAGCUGAUAAGCCAAGCCGUUAAGGACAGGCUGGUUUUGGCUCCAACACCCCGAAGUCUUGACACCAAAGUAACAGAAGGCCCCUCACCCCUCGUCUUUUUGACACCUGACUUGUUCAGAGAGAGGCCCGUCCCCGUGGAGGAGGAGCCAGUCAUUACAAACCAAAUCCCAGCACCUUUUCCCGCCUCCUCGACGUUUGACCUUUUUAGACGAAGGAGUCGGUGGGAAGCCGCCCCAUAGAAUGAAGCACACAAGACAGGCAACAAGACAGGCAAGUGCACCCCUCCACCAUCAGCGACAUCGGGCGUCACUUGUCUGACCAUAUGACACCAAUGGGAACAUGUAGAGCUGUGUCCUUGCAGCUGAUUGGCUUAGCAGUCCCAACUACAAUUUAGUCUGUCAUAUCAGACUUGCGCUUCAUCGUGAAAGAUUUUUUUACUUCUUUAGUGUAAGUGUGUCUAAGACUUUAGUGAAAAUGUUUACAAAAGUGUUUUAGUAGUUAGUAAAUAAAAAUGUCUCUGAAAGUCAGCUUGUUUUUAAAAUGUUCACAAAAGUGUUUUCUAAAGUUAGUAAACAAGAAUGUUUCUUGACUUUAAAAUGUUAGCAAAAAUGUUUAAAAAUGCAAAAAAAAAGUGUUUAAUAAACAAUAAAGUGUUUAGAACUACAAUAUGUCCUACCCAAUUUUCAAAGUUUGUUACUUGACUUGUCAGUUGUUAUUAAAGGUUGUUUCAGACUAUA